CCCUCUCACCCCUUGCUUAAUUUAAUACCCAUCAUCGUCGUCGUCGUUAUCAGUAUCCAUCCUCCUUAAGUAACACAACCACGUGCACAUUUUAACCCCAGUUAAAAAACCAACCAUCCACAGCCAAAACUCCAACGUUCACUCCACGCUUUAACCCUGACCCUAGUUAACCCUUGAUCAAUCAUUAAAAAAAGAAGCAGAGCAGCAGAUACACACAGCAUUUGCUCUCUCUCUCUCUCUCUCAACUCAAAAACCGAGCCUUCAAACCAAACCCUAAUCUCUCUCUCUGUCAUCAACAAAACGCACGCGUUUCGGUGUUGAUUGUUCUGCAUGGAUCUCUCUCGGGGGUGAAGAAGGAAGAAUCAGUGAACGCUCCGUAACCUGAAUUUCAGAGAAGACAGCAAGAGAGAGAGAGAGAGAGAAACAUCUUAUCAAAAACCAAAGCUAUCUCCGAGCCAGACUCCCUCGUUUUGUUUUCACUGAGUUUCGAGCUGUUAUUAUCACUAGUCAGUCUAUCUCAUAGUCUUUGACUUUUCGGAGACGCCUUUUCUUUCGAGAGUUUCAAGAAGAGGAAGAAGAAAAGAGAAAGAGAAGAGAAGCUUUUGGUUCCUUUUUGGUUUUUUGAGUCUCAAUAAGUUUUGCUUCUUCGACGAUGACAACUGUGGUUUCGAAGACAAUCGGCGUCGUUUUGGUGAUGAUCUUCUUGCUCGCUAUACUACUAUCCACGUUUUCAUUUUCCUCUGGUUUGGCUAAAGACGACGGUGGAUUCAUGGGUUCGUCGAGUCACGUAUUUCUUCAAGAGGGAGGGAACUACACGGUCCCUUUCCCACAUCGCAAGCUCCUUGUUCGCUCAAUGGCAAUGGAGGAGCCUAACAGGAUAGGAGAAAAGUGUACCCGCGCUGAUAUAGUGGUAAGUCAGGGACCCACAGCCCCUCUUUCCAGUGGCGUACCUACUUACACUGUUCAGAUCAUGAACAUGUGUGCCACUGGUUGUGACAUCUCCGGAAUUCACCUCAACUGUGGCUGGUUCAGCUCUGUUCGCCUCAUCGACCCCAAGAUAUUCAAGCGCCUUCGCUACAAUGACUGCCUUGUUAACGAUGGAAAGCCUUUGGUAACCGGCGGCACUCUCACCUUUGAAUAUGCCAACACAUUCUCUUACCCUCUGGGAGUCUCUUCUAUAGUUUGUCAUUGAAGAAUAUACGAAGACCAAAAGGAAGUACGUAUCUCUAACAAUAACAAGCAGCAUUAUCAUUUAGCACCCGCAACGGGAUUUUGGUCAAGCGCUCACUGCCCCUGGGGAGGCCGUUGUGUAUUUUGUGGGUCUCCUGCCACUUGGCUGGAUGGACAUUUUUUGGGGAUAUUGAUAGUUUGAGAGGUUCAGGGUACGGUAUAGAGAGAGGCCUGGAAGCUGAAUUGGGAGAGUAAAAGAGGGCCAAACAAUUGGAGGUGAUUUUGAUAUUUUCUUUUUUGUCUUGGGGUGACCUAUCUGUAUAUGGUUUAUAUACUAGCAAGUUAGCAUAUUGUAGUUAAUAUUGGAUGGCGAGACAUGCCAAAAUCUGGAAGUGUGAUUAGAGAAUGUUUUGUCU